CAUGGACGCGCCCAGCUCUGUCUCAUGAACGCGCCCAGCUCUGUCUCAUGGACGCGCCCAGCUCUGUCUCAUGGACGCGCCCAGCUGAGUCGUCUCCAUGGCAACAUCAGUAAAUAAGUGGGCUCCAUUUGUUUAUCUGAAGUGUGUGUUUGUGUUAAGGUGACAUGCGCGAGAGGAAGGUGAGGCGGAAGUGAAAACAGGAGGGAGCGUCACGACAGUCACCUGUCACAGGUGUUCAAGCUGAUUAACAGAGAGAAGAGGAAAGAGAGGAGGAGAAGAAGAAGAAGACAGAAAAUGAAUAACCCCAUCCCGGGAAAUCUGAAGUCUGAGACCAAGAAGGUCGCCAAGAUCCUCCGAGACUUCACAGAAAUCUCCAACAGGAACGGACCGGACAAACUCAUCCCCGCUCAUGUGAUCGCGAAGGCCGAGGGUCUGGCCAUCAUCACCGUCAUCAAGGCCGGCUUCAUGAUCACAGCUCGAGGAGGCAGCGGCAUCGUCAUCGCCCGACUCGCCGACAGACGCUGGUCGGCACCGUCCGCCAUCGGCAUCGCUGGUCUGGGUGGAGGCUUCGAGAUCGGAGUGGAGGUGUCCGACCUGGUGAUCAUCCUGAACCAGCGCAGAGCCAUCGAGGCGUUCACUAAAGGCGGGAACCUGACUCUGGGUGGGAACUGCACUGUUGCUGUUGGACCGGUGGGCAGGAAUGUGGAGGCCGACGUACUUGUCCGCAGCACAGCAGCCGUCUUCACCUACUGCAGAUCCAGAGGUUUGUUUGCAGGGAUUUCUCUGGAGGGAUCUUACCUGAUUGAGCGCAAAGACACCAACAAGAAGUUUUACGGCAGAGAAAUCCGUGCUUCGGCCAUUUUGAAUGGCGACGUGGAGCCACCCCCCGAAUGCUUCAACCUCUACCACAUCCUGGAGCAGUACACCGAGGCGUACUGCGCAGACUGGACGGCAAAGAACAUGCGUCAUAGGUCUCUUCCUCCUGCAAGACCUCCAGCUCCAUCCCAGCAACCUGGCGCUAACUACCAGCAACCUGCAGCUAACUACCAGCAACCUGCAGCGAACUACCAGCAACCUGCAGCGAACUACCAGCAACCUGCAGCGAACUACCAGCAACCUGCAGCUAACUACCAGCAACCUGCAGCGAACUACCAGCAACCUGCAGCUAACUACCAGCAACCUGCAGCGAACCCUGGUGGAGAAAAUAAAAGCAAACUCUACCCGAGCAUCUCCGUCUACAAAUCAGAGACCUCAGGUCAGUUCGCCUCCAGGAACGCUCCAAACGUCGGUCCAUCAGGAGGCGGGGCAAGCGGGCAGCUGGUUGUCACGGCGACCCACCCAUUCACAGGGGAACAGCCCGGCGACCUCAGCUUUGUCCCCGGUGACCACAUCACCAUCGUCACCAAGACCGAGUCCCAGUACGACUGGUGGGAGGGGCAACUGGCCGACGGGCGGGUCGGGAUCUUCCCCGCUAACUUUGUCUCUUUCUGAUCGCUGCCCCCAGGUGGUCUGAAGGAGGUACUGCAGGUAAAGCUGAGAGAGGUCAAGAGAAACAAUGGUGUAGGAUUUAAUCAAAUAUAAAUAAUCAUUAAUCUAAAAACAAUAAUGAUCGUCUUAAAUCUGACGUUUUAUAAACACGACAAGGUGAGACGUCUGUGUGCUCUGACCAAUCAGUGAGCAGCAAAAUGACUCUGAAGGUGCAGGUCAGUCGCUCUGAAGUGUCUACGCUUAGAUUUAGUUUCCUGUUUGUUUAUUGGACAGCUGGUUGUCAUGGUGAUGGGAGGUGAAAGCACUUUGAAGAUGAUGACGGUGAUUUAUUGAAUAUUAAAGUUACAGCUUCAUGUCGAACAGUAUUUCAAGUGAUCUGUUACACACGUGUGUUGUCAUGGCAACGCAUUCAAAUCAUGUUUCACAUGUUUACAGUGACCGCUGUAUGUGGUCAGGAGGUGUUUGGGAUCUUCUCUGUUCUUUACAUUUUAGAGGUCUGAAAUAAAAGUCCUUUUAAAACA